AUGUUCAAAGCCGGCUGGGCAAUUCUUGCUUUCAUUUCCGCUCAAGCCGUCAGCAUAUCCGCGAACGCCCAGUGUCGUUCAGGAUAUCGCAAUGCUGUUUAUUUUACAAACUGGUCUAUAUACGCUCGGGACUACCAUCCUCAGGAUCUUCCUGUAGAGAAGACCAGUCUUCUCCUCUAUGCAUUUGCUAACGUGCAGAGCGACGGCUUGGUGCUCCCUUCUGAUUCUUUUGCGGACCUUGGGGCGCUAUAUGACGGCGAUUCAAGGGAAAAAUGCGAGAACGACGUUUGCGGAUGCGUGAAACAGCUAUACCUCCUUAAAAAAGCCAAUCGAAAGCUUAAGGUGCUUCUCAGCAUCGGCGGGGCGACGUAUUCAAGCAACUUUUCUGCGGCAGCUGCUACCGAAUCAAAGAGAGCCCUCUUUGCACGAAGUGCCGUCGCCCUGAUGAAAGACUGGGGGUUUGACGGACUUGACAUUGAUUGGGAAUAUCCUGUUAACGAAAAGGAGGCGCAAGACUUCGUUCUAUUGUUGGAAAAAGUACGGUCCGAGAUGGAUUCAUACGCAAGCCAGUAUGCGCCUGGCUACCAUUUUCUCCUAACGAUAUCGUCACCUGCUGGGCCGUCGAAUUACAAUAUUUUGCCACUCAGUACGAUAUCAGAUACUGUUGACAAUUUCAACCUGAUGGCCUACGACUAUUCCGGUCCAUGGAGCACGAUGACGGGACAUCAAGCCAAUUUGCACUCAAGUCCCAUCAAGCCUAACUCGACAACCUUCUCUACAGAUGUCGCCGUCAAGGACUAUAUAUCCAUAGGAGUGCUGUCUACCAAGAUUACUCUCGGCAUGCCCCUGUACGGCAGAGCAUUUCAGCAGACUGGUGGGCUUUGCCAGGCCUACUAUGGCGUGGGCACCGGGUCGUGGGGGCAAGGCGUGUGGGACGUCAAGGUCCUGCCACGACCCGGGGCGAUGGAACAUCACGACACAGCAGUUGGUGCCAGCUACAGCUACAACACCGAAGCUCAGGAGUUGGUAUCGCAUGAUAGCCCGUCAGUGACCAGACAGAAGGUUGCGUAUAUUGUUGAGAACGUUUUGGGUGGGAGUAUGUUCUGGGAGGCGUCCGCCGACCGAGGAGACGAGGCAGGACUUAUCCACGCCAGCUUCAACGCUUUGGGAGGGGCCGCGAACGUAGACUGUUCUGAAAACCUGCUGUAUUAUCCCGACAGUCGAUAUGCGACUAUCCGCAAUGGAUGA